GAAAUUCGACCGAAGGGUACAACUGAAGGUAGCCAUCUGCAUAAUAGAACCUCGUUUCUCUUUGCACCAUUCACCUCGCCAUCAGUAUACGGUCAGAGAGCGCCCUUAAAUGAUGCCCGAAAUUGACCGUGACGCUGUUGCUGAAAUAGUAAGCGGAGCGCAUGCGCCUCUAUUCAGCACCGCCGCACUACUCGCCAAGGAACAGCAAAAGUACAAGUCACACGCCCGCCUACAGGCAACACUAGCCGAGCAGGAGCACUUAAAUAUGGCCGCCGCCAGUUCGUAUGUGUACCAGAGUCCAUUGACCAUUCCACCACAUGGUCUGCCGCAAUAUAAUAAUUUCAACAUGAAUAAUAAUCAAAUUGGCACAUUAAAUCACAAUAUGGCAGCGCAGCAUUUAGCGUCGAACCACGCUUGCAUAAGCCCCAGCAACAAAGAAAAGCUUUCAAAUUUGCUAAAGGUGCUUGAACCCGAGCAACGCAUUACUGGAAAUUUUCUACAGAAGACGCUUGAAGCGGCACCACGCUCCUUACCUGGCAAUUGUUCCACGAAUGGCGGUAGUAAUAUGGCCUAUUUGGAAACAGCAUGUUUGUCGGCACCUCCCCUCCAGACACCGCUGUCCCCGCCACCACCACCGCCGCCACGCGCUAAAACACCACAUCCCCGACGUUUGGAACCAACUGCCGUACCGUCAUUAAAACCCUCCAAAACUCAUAAUGAUCUCGAAAUUAAAGCUAGCGAUAAUGUCACAGAAAGUUGGCACCCACAUGUUUAUGCGCGUCCACCAAUGCGGCCAACACCACAUGCUAUAGCUGAUAUCCUCGGUUGGCGGGCACUUGCCUCGCCGAAUCAGCAGCGCACUUUUGUCCCCAACAAUGUCAGUAACAACAACAUCGCAAUGGACGAGUCAUCUAAUUCUUCAUCAAACGCAGUUGUAACGCUUCCCCCAGUGCCGGCUAAGUCACCUAAAAGUAUAUUACGUAAUUUUCAGCAACAAUUUGCCCAACAACCGCAGUCACCUUUAAGGGAACCGGCGCAUAUGCGUAGUACAUCGGUAAGCGAGGCCAGUGAAGACGAUGCAAGUGGCAGUAUAAUGGAUCAGCCUCUGGAUCUUUGUGUGCCAAAGAAGCCGCGAGAAUUGAGUUCUCCGCCACCACAUGUGAAACAAACACAGAUUCUGUCCAAAACCGGAAGCAGUAAGAAAGAUGCCAAUCACACAGUGAAAUCGGGUGUUAAGAAGAAAAAACUUGCGAAUGCCUCUGCCGCUGGUGUUUCCGUCACGAGUGCAGCGUUGGUGGGGUCAGCGUCAUCGAUGGCGUCUUCUUCGUCGAUGCCUGUGCCGGCUGUGAGCCCUACUGGUAGUAGUGACAGUCUUAUGCGCGAUAAGCAAUUCCCGACCGUUAGCACACCGCCCGCCUCUUCUUCCUUGCCUGCUGUGGAGACCACGGAGGACGACUCAGAUUCGGGAUCGACCGAUGCGCGACGCAAAAAGAAGGCGCGUACCACCUUCACAGGUCGCCAGAUAUUCGAAUUAGAGAAACAGUUCGAGAUAAAGAAAUAUCUCAGUUCGAGUGAACGCACGGAAAUGGCUAAGUUGCUGAAUGUGACUGAAACGCAGGUAAAAAUCUGGUUUCAGAACCGUCGAACCAAGUGGAAGAAACAGGAUAACAUCACGAAUUCGGAAGUUGCCGAGCACAAAACCACAAAUACUUCUAAAAAUUCAAGUGAGAACGGCAAAACGCCGAACAGUGCCACCACAACGGGGUCCAGUAGCACCACCACCACGCUAUCGGCCGAAACGUCAAGCAAAAAAUCACAAAACCACCACCACAGCAACAAUGGCCAAAACAAUAGCUCCGCAAAUGGUAACACCGAAAAGAGUCGUUCCGCUACCUCGACUGAAUUGAGUGCCAAAUUAUCUGCGAAGCAAACGACAAAAAUCAAGAAACAGCUGAGUGCAUUGCUGGAAAAAACCGCAAAGAAUCCAACGACGCCGUCUGUCAACAACAAUUGCUCGGUCCUGGUGAAUGGUGGCGGCGCAGACAGUGCUAAACCAACAACGGUGAGUGGCAGUGGCAAAGCGACCAACAACAACAAAAACGCGGAAGGUGCACAUCAACAUUCGCAGCAUAAUCACCAACACCAUUCCCACCGCAUUCACCACUCGCACUCACUUCCUCACCAUCGGCAACACGCCAUACCGCUGACAGUUGAACCGGCUGCGCCAUUGGAGCAGACCGAGAAACUCGAAAUAAAAUUGGAGGAGUCACCGCAACACCGCGAACUACAAUUAAGUAUAUUGCGCGCCGCCAGCAAUCAUAGUCCUAUGCAAUUUAGCGACAUGGAUUUCGAGAGUAAAUUGGCAGCAUCAAAAAUAUCAAAUGCGCUGCUCGGCUCAAAAAUUCAUGCCGAUAGAACAGAGGAGGCAAGACGACGCAAGAGCAGUAGCGAGGAUAAGGACUUGCAGCAAGCAACAGGAAAGGCGCGCACUGAGAAAAUUCUAAAAAUGGAGACGGAGGAGGAGGAGGAGGGGGAGAAGGAGCAAAGAGAAACAGAUUUGAAUAGGGAGAUGGAUGUAGCGCAAAAAACAGCUGUAAAAUCACCAACUACAGAUGAUGACGAAUUCGAAGAGCAUGUCGAGGAAGAUACCGUGAUGCACAAUGUGGAAAAUUAAAACAAAUCAAAGGAGAAUAUAUAAGAAUAUUUAAUGGAGAAAUCUUCCAGUGU